AAAUAAUCACCCCUUUCGUAAACAAUUAAAAAAGUUCACUUCAGCCAUACGACAUACACAUGUAGUCAAACAUGUUCAAGAACCGGAUCCGCAUGUUUUUUAACGAACUGAAGGUGCUGGUUUUCAUGCGAUCCGGUUCUAGACGGUCCGACAGUGACGCAGAGCAGAGCAGACGACCCAACAGCAUGAGGGGGCUCGGGAUGGGCGGCUGCGGAUGGCCGCCCUUCGUUGACUGCUCCAGCCGGGACGACGAGGAAGAAUACUACGGGAGCGACCCCAGGCCCAGGAGUCUGGCGUUUGAGGAGAAAGACCCGAAACUGCAGGCGGGUCUGGACGCGGUCAGCCUCUCCAGCAGCACGAGCAGCGGCAUGAGAACACCCCAGUGUCGAAUCUGCUUCCAAGGGCCCGAGCAGGGGGAGCUGUUGAGCCCAUGCCGCUGUGACGGCUCCGUGCGCUGCACCCACCAGCCCUGUCUGAUUCGCUGGAUCAGCGAGAGAGGCUCCUGGAGCUGUGAGCUCUGCUACUUCAAGUACCAAGUCCUGGCCAUCAGCACCAAGAACCCGCUGCAGUGGCAGGCGAUUUCUCUGACGGUGAUUGAGAAGGUGCAGAUCGCCGCCAUUAUCCUGGGCUCACUCUUCCUCAUCGCCAGUAUCUCGUGGCUGGUGUGGUCUUCUCUCAGCCCGUCUGCCAAGUGGCAGCGCCAGGACCUGCUCUUCCAGAUCUGCUACGGCAUGUACGGCUUCAUGGACAUUGUGUGCAUAGGCCUUAUAAUCCACGAGGGCUCAUCCGUGUAUAGAAUCUUCAAGCGAUGGCAGGCUGUAAACCAGCAGUGGAAAGUAUUGAACUACGAGAAGUCGAAGGACUUGGGAGACCUGGUGAGCUCCAGCAGUAAGGCAGGCAGCCGCGGCGCACGCAACAACCCGCACGGCCUGGCCAGCGGCAGCAGGGGGGGCCGGCGAGUGCGCAGGUUAAUGACUAUCCUCAACCACCACUGCGGCUACACCAUCCUCCACAUCCUCAGCCAGCUGCGGCCCAGCGACACGCGGCUCGGAGCCACUACCAACCGCGAGGUGGUGAUGCGGGUCACGACCGUAUGAGGUCGGAGAAAGAAACAAAGACGCAUUUCAGGCUCCAAGCGCCUUUUCCUGCAAAACACAGUGUUACAAUGCCAGGAUGAUCGCGAUUUUCUUUGCAUAACGACUUUUUCAACGGACAGGAAUGCACACGAACAAUGCGUAGGACAUUGGCGCCAUUCAUUCCUGGAGUUUCUAUUGGCGAGACUCUCUCAUGAUCUAGCACACUAUUGCGUUUUUAAAUUCGAUUUCCUUGCUGGUGUUGUUUUUUUAUCGAUACGGUUUUUAAAACGUUUUGAUUUUCUAAGGGAGAAUGGUACAUGAAGUGACAUCGACGUGUGAUGUAUAUGAUAACUCAUAGGGUCCUAUUGUUGUAAAUGAUGUUUACGGAUGCUUCUGAUGCAGCAAGAAAGCCAACCAUAACCAAACGAUCACGACACAAUAACCAGGGAAACGAGAUACGAAUUGUUACAUUCUAAAAUAUAAAAGGGGAGGGUGCAAUAAGACAUAAUAAGAUUAUACAGAGAAUAAAAAGACAAACAUUUAAAAGAAUUUGAUCUUCUCUGCAAUAAAGAUACCUUUACAUUUUACAGUGACCUUUGCAUGAGGGUAGAGUUUUAUGCCUCCUCGACACAUGGACAUGAUGAAUUUGUUUUAUUCAGAAUGGUGCUCGUUUGAAUAAACACUACUAUUCAUCUGCUGUUUGUGAAAUGCAUCAUCACACAGGCUUUUGUUCGUUU